AGGGCUAGCCAAUUGGGAGCCUUUUGGGGAGGGUGGGGCCUGUGGUGCAGUCCCGGGAGCCGUGGAGGAGCAGCUAGCUGGAACGCCGCCGACUCACCGUUCUGCAGACUGCGGUCCCAAAGCUGUGCGCCUCGCACGGCCACUCGAGUUCGUGUGUGUGUGGUCCAGGAAGGGCUGCCUGUAGGGAACGUCGCGGCGACUCUGGGAAAAGGCAGGAUCGAUCGCAGCCAUGACUGAGGCGGCCGCUGCUCCGGACUGGCAUGUGGGGACUGACCUCCAGCAGCAGGCCCAGAUCCAGUCUGCAGAGAUCUCCCUUUUAGCCAUCCUGGCCGCUGUUCAGGCAGUGGAGAAGAAAACAGAGUCCCAGGCUGUCCACCUUCAAAGCCUGGAAGUACGAACAGGGUCAGCAGAGAAGAAGCUGGCUGACUGUGAGAAGACAGCUGUGGAGUUCAGCAGCCAGCUGGAGGGCAAGUGGGCCGUGCUGGGGACCCUGCUGCAGGAGUACGGGUUGCUGCAGCGGCGCCUGGAGAACCUGGAGAACCAGAUGCAGAACAGGAACUCCUGGGUCCUGAGGCUGCCCCCCAGCAGCAAGGACGAAGCCCCCAAGGUUUCUCUGACUUCUGAAGAGCUGGCUGGGUGUUUCCCCGAGCAACAGGAAGGUAGCCCGGAAGACUGGCAGAAGGAACUCUGCAAGCACACAGCAAAGGAAGGCCGUGAGGUGCUGGGCUCUCUGGAAACAGGCCCGCUGGAAUCUGCCCCAAGUGUUCUUCCCUGGAUCAAGCAAGAGGAAGAGGCAUAUGAAAAGAGUCUUCAGGAAACCAGUGCAUACCUCUGCUCAGAAACCUGGAUGUCUAAUAAGAAAAGGACCCUGGAGGGAGAGUCCAUGGCUCCUGCGCCAUCUUGGGCAACUGAAGGGAGACCUGGCAAGGAGGGCUUUGAGCAGGGAACCUGUGGGGAUCUGCUUCCUGUUUCCAGAGAGAGAGAGGUGGCCUCCCAUCCCCGAGGCUGUCAGAAUCAACCUGUGCCAGCUACUGAGGACACUGAAAAUGUGCAGAACUUGAGUGUCAGAGAGCUCAGCACUCAGCACGAGCACCCACAGCAUGGAUCUCAGCCCUUUGCCAGUCUCCAGUGUCCUCAAAGUGCUCCGCAGCACGCCACUCUCCCUAGGAACCGUCGUGCACCUACAGCCCAGCGUGCCUACACCUGCGUCCAGUGUGGCAAGAGCUUUGUCCACCAGUCAACACUUACCACGCACUAUCGCACACACACUGGGGAAAAGCCUUACAAAUGUGCUGAGUGUGAGAAGCGGUUUGGCCGCCUGUCCACACUGCUGGAGCACCAGCGCACCCACACCGGAGAACGACCCUUCCCGUGUGCACAGUGUGGCCGUCGUUUUGGGCGCCUGUCCACUCUAGUGGAACAUCGGCGCACACACACGGGGGAGAAACCAUUUCCGUGUACCCAGUGUGACAAACGUUUCACACGCCUGGCCAACUUGACAGUGCACCAGAGUGUGCACUCCGGUGAGCAUGCUUUCCAGUGCACCCAGUGUGGCUCAUGCUUCACGCACAAGCCCAGUUUCCUGCGGCAUCUGCGCAGCCACUCUCAGGAGAAGCGCUUUACCUGUGGCCCGUGUGGCAAGAGCUUCACCUGCCGCUCCUGGCUGGUGCGCCACCAGGGCAGUCAUGCAUGCUCAGCCCCCUCUGCUUUUGUGGCUUGUGAGAAGAGUUCACCAAGUUAUGUGUCACCUGCAGGCCUCCUUAAAGGUGCAACUAGAGGAAACUUCGCUAGUGACACUUCUGUCUCACCCAGAUCCAAGGACACGAGGGCCAGUCAGGACUACAGAGCAUACAGCAGAGGCCAGCAGCUCAGCGACCAUGGGCAAGAAGGUCUGGUGGGGACUCUGCAUAGUCGCCUGUCUGUAAAGAUGGAGAAUGCAGGGUAG